UGAACAGUGACAUCUCAUUCGCGGCCUAUGAGUAACACCAGCUACUCACAUAGCUCUCAGCCCCACUAGCUAAUUGUAAGGAGAAUGGAGGACAUCGAGUUUGCUGCCCUCGCGAAGGACGACCCCGACUUCGCCAAAGUGCUAAAGGAGAAUAAUAAGAUCGAUUUCUGGGACCCAUUGGCGGUACAGCAGUUGACCAAGAGUGUCCUUAGACGGGACUUUAAGCUGGAAAUCAACCUACCCGGGGAUCGUCUGUGCCCUCCAGUCCCUAACCGCUUUGCCUAUAUCAAAUGGCUACAGAAACUGAUUGACUCGACUGGUGACAGCUAUAGGGAUGCGUACGAAGAAUCACGAGAAGUGAUUGGAAUCGAUAUCGGAGUUGGAGCCAGUUGCAUCUAUCCACUACUCGGAUGUGCAUCGAGACCGAACUGGCGUUUUGGAGGGACUGAGAUCGAUGCCCGAAACCUUGAGUUCGCACAGAAAAAUGUCCGAACAAAUGGACUCGAAUCACGGAUCCGGAUUUUGCCCGCAAAAGAAGGCCAGCCCCUGAUCUCGCUGGCGCAACUCGGGACCGACCAUGCGGACUUUGUCAUGUGCAACCCUCCAUUCUUCACCUCCCUGGAGGAUAUGGACGCGACAUAUGAGACGAAAACUAAGCCACCCUCCGCUGUAUGCACUGGAGCCGCGGUCGAGAUGAUCACCGACGGCGGAGACCUCGGCUUUGCGCUUCAGAUAUUCGCCCUCAGCCAGUCACUCAAAACGAAGAUUCAGUGGUAUUCGUGUCUGCUAGGCAAGCUCCAGAGCGCCAAAGAUCUCGUCGCUCGUCUCAAGGAGUCGGAGAUUACUAAUUUCGCCGCACACUGCCUUCAGACCGGCGGUCGCACCAAGCGGUGGCUGGUUGCAUGGUCCUAUGACGACCUACGCCCUGAGGAUAGCAUUGCACGAGGCGAUGGUUUGAGCAAAGAGCUACUUCCGCCAUCCACGUCGGCCCAGAUCCUCGUCAGGGACAUGCCAGCUUCGAAUUUGGGAGACGCCGUAAACCAGAUUUUCGCCGACCUCCCGCUUCGCUGGAUAUGGAAAGCAUCCAACCUCAAAGGUCUUGCUCUCGCUACAGAAAACGUCUGGUCACGAUCUUACCGCCGGAAAAUGAAGUUUCAGGGAGACUCGACGUCGAAGUCUGAUGAGGACCGCCCGGUUGCGCUCGCUGUGCUAGUCCUGGUUCAUUCCAACCAGGUCACCGUUCGGUGGAUGAGAGGCGAAGACCAUGUGCUCUACGAAAGCUUCUGCGGCAUGCUGAGGCGCAGCCUUUUGGCAAAGUAAAACACGCGAUAAAAUGCCCAAUGCCCUCGAUUCUCACGGUCGGAUGUUCGACGCCAGCGACGCAGGGAACCCUUUCCUUUGGUGUUCAGCCACGCAUCUCUUCUCAGAGUACGCCAUGAUGUCGCACACCUUGACUGGGGAUCCGUCGUGUAAAUCAAAUGGGAGCUGGGAUUCAUAGCCCACUGAAUCACACAUCUUACGUUGCUUCCCUAGCUGCAU